AAUCGUUGUAGAUGAUAUAUUUUCCGUAUCCCCGACCACCCAUAUUUUAGUUGAUCGAAUGAUGAUUUGCAUUUUUGCUGCGAGGCCCGUAGGGUGACUAAGAAACAGAAUCCAUUGUCAAACAACACCCGAACGACUCCAUUGCCAGUUCUACUUGUUUCAUUUAGCGUACGUCGUUUCGCCCUUCACCACUUUUGUUUUUAGUGUUUCACGUUGUCACACCGUUACUUUACAAAAUGGACAAAUAUCCUGCCGCUAAUUCAGGACAACAAGGUAUUAUUAUAUUAUAUUAAUAUUUUCAGCCUAUAUGAUUUGAGUACGUUUGAUUAUGAUUUAAUUUUUAUUGUUUUAUUAUAGAUGGUUCAAGCAAAAACAAGAACAAAAGGAAGAGUGAGUAUAAUAACCCUAUUCGAGUUUAAUUUCAUUUAUUAUUUACCUAAAUAAAUAUACGUACACAUUUCGGUACAUUAUAGUUGGUUUUGAGAAACGGGAAAAACAUCGUGUAUAAGAUUUCCCCUUUGUCUAAAAAAGCACGGGCGUCCAUUUUGUUUACGUUCAACAUACUACCUAUCUACUUUAUUUUUUUUUUUUAUCAAAAUUUAUUUUAGUUAUACGAACGUAUUUGAACUAUUGUUGCUCAUUUUUAUUUUAUUUUAAAUUUCAUGAUAUUGGGUAUAUCGAGUCUGUGUUUAAAGCCGCCAAGUUAGGUUAACCCGUCCUCCAUAAUUGUGAUCUAUUUUAUACAUAUACAGGGUGUUUUUUUUAUCAUAAACCAGUAAUUAUUUCAGUUUUGUAGGUUAAUUUGAUUUCUAUUUUUUUUUAAUCAUGUAGAAUCACUUAAGCUUUAUUUUAAAACUAUUUUUAAUUGUUUACCCCUACUUCAUAUACCUUGAAUAAAUACAUACUUUUAAUUUUCUCUUUUGAACACAGAAUUAAAUAGAAAAUAUUUUUUUAGAUAUUUUGAUGUGCAUAACACUAAUAUCAGAUUUACUGUUUAUGAGGUAUAAUAGUUUAGACCAAAGAGUAGAGAACGGUUAUAUGUAAGGACUAGAUUUUGCAUAUAAUGCAUGUUUUUAUUGUCAUAGGCAAUUACACGCAGUAAAUGGAUUUUCAUUGAUCAUACUUAAAAUAAAUAAUAUUGCAUAUUUUUCAUAAAAACUCAUGUUUUGCAUAUUACAUGUUUUAAUUAAUUUUUUAAUUGUAUGUACAAUUAUUAUAUUUAAGUUUGUUCCACCACACAAAAAUUGAAAAUGUUUUUAAAAAUAGUAUAAUUAUUAUGUUUCUGUAGAUUGUUACUUAGUAGGUAGGUACCUAAUUCAUUACAGAUUGGUUUUCCUAUUGUAUAUUUUUAUCUUGUCUACUUUGUCUAACAUCGCCAAUACUAUAAACCAUGGCUGACAGUUUGACAAUUCUAGUUCGAAGUAUUCAUAGGCCAUAGUCAACGUAUUAUAAAAACGUGUCCAUUUUAUAUAAAAUUGUAUUUGUUACUAUACAAUGUUAUACAAGUGUCCAUGUCUUUUUUUUCAUCAUUAAUGUUUUGAUUUUAUAAUUUUACAAUAAAUAAUUAGCUGCAAUAAUAAAAAUAAUUUCACACAUUAUAAAAUUUUAAAUGCAUAUAAAUCCAGUCUUUAGUUAUAGAUAUGCAAUUUAUUACCCAUCAGUUAUAACUGACUGACCUUUUCGUCUGUUCUGAUCGACUUUAAUAUAUUAUCGGUUGGCUUGGUUGAAGUCUAGGUAGUGGUGGAUACCAUCAUUGUUAUCUCCUUGUGGCGCAUUGUCCUUAGCUGUACAUGUUUUACAUAUGGCCCAUCAAAACGUGUGUCGUCCACUGUUGCACAUUAGUUGUAUCUAAAAAUUAAUUUAUAUUAACAAUUUUAUUUGUAUGAAUAACCAGUCUAUAACACAAUAGACAUCAGGAAAUUUAUUAUUUCUGUGUGAUUUUUCAUAGGUGUUACUAAAUUAUUUUCUUUAUUACGUAUAUAAUUACACUAUAUAUUUUCAUUUCUUGUAUAGUUUUAUAAUAGUUAUUAAUAUUAGGAAAAUAUGGCGAUACAUUUAAAUUUGUAUUUUUAUUAUUUUUGUGCUCGCAUAUAACCUUAUGAGAUAGCUAAUAAUAUUAUAGUUCACAAUUUUUUUGGUUUUAAUUAUUUUUAUUUUGUUUGUAAAACAUACUUAUACAUAUUUUACUAUUAAUUAUUAUACAUUUUUGACUUUGUAAUUUUUUUUUUUUAAUAAUUUGGAAAACUAAAAUAUUUCUGCAUUAUGAUUUUUGAAAACAUUUAAAGUUCAAAUUAUGAAAGUAUUAGAAAUAAUUGUUUUUUUUUAAAUACUCUGUAGUGUCAUAUGUUUUUUAUAAUAUUUGUACACAAUUUAUUGUUCCAAAUAUUAUAAUAAUAAAAACUAAAUUACCCUAUUUAUUAUAUUGCCUCACCUAAACGGGUACUUUUUGGUUACUUCCGAAGAUUUUCUGGUAUCGUUAUUCGGUUAUCGUAACUAUAGUAUUGGCGGUGAGAGAACGCUACUGGGCGGUGUCCAAAACUUGUUGUUCGUGCUCAUGUAUUCCUACGGCGAAUAGAUAGCAGAGUGGAAAAAAUUUGAAUAUGAAACCAUAGCUUGUUUAUUCAAGGAGUAUCGUUUUCUCACCGGCUGGACUAUACCAAUGAUAGUUAAAAUAUAAUAUAAUUUACAAAUAAAUUAGGUCAUCGCAACUAUAUAUUUAUAUAUAUAUAUAUUUAUAAGUUAUUCCAUAAAUCUUUUCGAAAAGAUGGAUGUAAUAAUAUAUAUUCUAUAAAAUAUACCAUUAUCACAAUUCACUUCACUAGUUUACUGCCGAUCUUGUAAGUAUAGAGAGUGAUAUUAUAUUAUAGUUUAACUAUUGUUGGUAGUGCGAUAUCGGAAAAUUGUCUGUAGUCAAGAUAAUCAAAAAGUACCUCUAAACAUUUUUGCUACUUUUGUAUUAUUAGUAUGUUUACAGUGAUUAUUGAUACUUUUAUAACUUGUUAUUUAUCUGUUUUUAGAUCGACAAGGUGGCUCCAAAGAUCAACCGCAACAAGGUAAGUCAGAAUAUACUAUUGAUCCAAUACAACAACAAAAAAGAUAAAUAAAUGAGUUUAUAUUUAACAAAUUAUCAAGUUCACCUAUUUAUUUGAAUUCUUUAAAACCUUUAAACUUAAUAUUAUAUUUUUUAUUAUUAAGAUUCUUGUCCUUAAAAAUGCUCAGAAUAUUGAAUACCUUUAUACUCUUCCUUUUUAUAGAUACAAGUAAAUAUUAAUAACAUAUAUUAAAAGGAUAAUUUGUAUAAAAUAUUUUUUAAUUAAUAAGUAUUUGAGUUACAAGUUUCAAUAUAAUGAUUGUAUAUCAAUAUAGUGAUUAUUGAUACUUUUAUAACUUGUUAUUUAUCUGUUUUUAGAUCGACAAGGUGGCCCCAAAGAUCAACUGCAACAAGGUAAGUCGGAAUAUACUAUUGAUCCAAUACAACAACAAAAGAGAUAAAUAAAUGAGUUUAUAUUUAACAAAUUAUCAAGUUCAUCUAUUUAUUUGCAUUCUUUAAAACCUUUAAACUUUAUAUUAUAUUUUUUAUUGUAAAGAUUCUUGUCCUUAAAAAUGCUCAGAAUAUUGAAUACCUUUAUAACUCUUCUUUUUUAUAGAUACAAGUAUAAUAGAUAUUAAUAACAUAUUAAAAGGAUAAUUUGUAUAAAAUAUUUUUUAAUUAAUAAGUAUUUGAGUGUUACAAAUUUCAAUAUAAUGAUUGGACCUAUUGCAAAAAUAUUAAUUUUUACAAUUUUAGAAUAUGUGUCGGAAAUUUGGAAUGGUUUUAAAAUAAUUAAUUUUAUCACUAACUAAAAUGCUGUAGUUGUUUUUAUAAUUAAAUUUAACACUUUAAAUGGGGGCAUAAUAAAAUAGGUUUAUUACAUGGUUAUGAAAAUCAAAAAAAUGUUAUUCAUACUGUUAUAUUGUUAUAUAAUACACUGAUAACAGUACCAUAUGUUUAAAUGCAAAUAUUCACUAAAGAUAAAGUUUCAAUAUACCCAGUUAUUAUCAAUAAACACAUUUAGUAUAACUAAUCAAAAACAUUUCAUAAUAGUAAUAUAUUAUAAAUUAUCUACUGUUUUAUCUGAUUAUAAGAUACAAUUGUAUAUUAAUCUUUGUUAAUAUUUAUUUAAUACCUUAAAAAGGUAGUGGAAGCAAUUUCCCAACCGGGUCAUCUGUCCAAAAUCCAGCACAACAGCAACCAAAGGAGAAAAAACCAACCAAUGAUUUUCCGCAAUUAGGACGGCAAUCUAAGGAGCCAAAGCCAGCUAAGGGUUCUGAUAAUUCUCAAAAGCAACAACCACAAAGUAUAAAUUAACCUUGAUAUUUUUAGUUGGAUGGUUUUUUAUAUGAGUAUUGUUAUAUAUCUUAAUAUAGGUAAGAAUGGUUCUCAAAUACCACCAAAUGCGACUCAAGCGAAACAGCAUCAGCAAAAGCCAACUAAAGUUCCUGAAAAACAAUUGAAAGGUAAGGAAAAAAUUAGACAAACAAAAAUAAUAUAAUAUAAUAAAUUUUAUUGUGUCAGCCAAAUAUAAAAUGCAAAUAAGUAAAAACCUGAAUAUAGGUGGACACUUUUCUGUUGUGGUGUUAGGUCUAACAAGACCUAAAGCAACAUUAAAGAAAAAAACCUUAAAUUGCUUUGCACAUAAGUUCAGAAAAUAUGAAGUUUUUAUAAAAUUAUAUGUAUUUAUUUCUUCAAUAGACUAUAAAAUAAUAUUAAUUUAAACACAUGUUUAUUGCAGUUGAACAACCUGUUUCUUCAAAACCAAAAAUUCCAGAGAAAAUGCAAAUGAAACCAAGUAUUUAAAAUAUUUUUAUUUCGUGUGCAUUUAAAAAUUCAAAAUUCUAUAUUUGUUUAAUUUUAUGUCAUUUAUUUUAAGCUGGUAACCAACAAAUUGAUCAACAAAUUGAAAUAUUAAGAAGCAAAUUAGUUAUUCCGAAACGUAAAAAUCCAAAAGUUGGAGGCAAAUUAGGACGUCAAACUGAAUUAGAUGUGAACCAUCUUCCUCUAAACCUUGACAAAUUGUUCAAAAAAACUGUUUAUCAUAUUGAUUGUCAAUUUACUCCAGAAUUACCCAAACGACUUCUUAGGUAACUAUACUGUGUUUAUGAUAAACUAAACUAGAUUUGUAUAUAUAUAACAACUGUUCAUUAUUAUUUUUUUUUAUUGACAAUUUAUAAUAAACAUUUGUAUUAACUUUUAGGACUGCAUUGGAACAAUUUGUUGAAAAACAUUAUCGAGGCACCCAUUUUGCAUUUGACGGAAGAAGAAACAUGUAUACUACAAAAGAAUUGAAAGGGGUAUAAUAAAUUUAUUUACUGUAUAAGAAGUAUUACUACUUAAAUAAUUUUAAUAACUAACUCUUAUAUAAAAAAAUAAAUAACAAUAUUUUGUUAGUUUUAUGGAAAAACCUUUGCUAGAUAAAAUAUUAGUUUUCUUUAUCACAGUUAUUCGAAAAAAAAAUUGUUGACUUUGGUUCCAAGUCGUUUUGACAUGAAGCCAAUAAUAUAUAUACAAAUUUGGACAGUAGUGGAACAUUUGAAUCAUCUUAAAAAGCUUUAAUUAUCUUAAAUUUUAUUAUUUUUGGUUUCAUUUAUGAAAUAAAUUAAUUUUAUCAAUUAACAAGUGUUUAUUAACUAAUAUAUUAUUUACAGAGAAGUGAUUUAGUCACUGUUCUAAAUGAAGAAAAUGGUAGGUCUAUGGACUUCACCAUUGUUACAUCAGUUGUUAAUCAAAUAAAUAUGAGUAAGAUUGAAGAAUAUUUGAAAAGUGGAUCAUCUAAUUGUCCUCCUGGAGAAGCGUUUCAAGCAUUAGAUAUUGUUUUAAAAAACAGACCAUUUUCAUUAAGGUUAGUAAUCUCUAAAUCUAGUAAUAAUGAUAUUAUGAUGGAUAAUACAGAUAUUAUCCAACAUAAAAAAAAAAUGGUUGUAAUCAGAUUUUUUUACAAUAUAAUAGUGUGGACCAUGAAAAUGAUGUUCCAUUGGGAAAUCUCUUGAUUCUUAAUGAAGAUAAUUAAAUACUGUUUUGUUUUUUUUUCUACAUGAUUCACGGAUCUAAUGAUUGAAUAUAUUCAUAUUUAAAUUAGAUUUUUAUUUUGGUGAAGAUAAAAAGAAAAUGACUAUUUUAUUAUUUUCAAAAAAUUUAAAUAUACAUUUCUGAAAUUAAUUAUUAAUGCCUUUUAUUUAAUUUAUUUAAUUAUUAUGUAUAUAUUAAUGGUUUUAAAAUUUGUCAUGUAGCUAGUUGGUAAUCUCUAAUUGACUUCAUACCUAUUUCCCCUGAACCGAUAAAAAUCAUGAAAAUUAUUUGAAAUAUAAAUAUUUUUAGAAAAAUAAAUAAUGUAAAAUAAUAAUAUACAUAUUUACCAAAACAACAAUUUAACAAAAUCUGAAUAUUAGCAGUCCUUGAACAGAUUUUGAUUAUCUUUUUUAUACCAUAUAUUAUAUAAUUAUUAGAUGAUUAAAUACUGUGAAUAACAGCUGAUUUAUUUUUGGCUUUUUACACACUUGUAAAAUACAUGUAAUUUAUUAGUGAGUAUACAUAUUAAUGUUGUUAGUUUAAGUAAAUGAAUUUGGUUAAACAUUUUAAAAGUAUUUUUAUAAUGAGAUGAAAUCGUAUUUCAGGUUUACUAAUGUCGGUAGGUCAUUUUUCCCUGUUCCACGUAUGACACCAGUUGACUUAGGUGAAGGCAUGGAACUUUGGAAAGGAUUUUUCCAAAGCCCUGUUAUGGGUUGGAAACCUUAUUUAAACGUAGACGGUAAAUAUAACAUAAUAUUAUUAAUAAUUAAUAUCACUAAAGACAUACUACUUUUCGGUUGUAUAAAUUAAAUUAACCUAUAUUAUUGAAACAUGUCAUCUUUUUACCGUGAGUGCAGUUUCUGAUUUACCAACAACACAUUUGUGGUAAAAAAAUUUCAUAUUAUUUUUGAUGUAAAAUGGUAUAUAUUUAUAAAUUUUCACAAAUAUUGUGUAUCUUCUAUAUUUAAGAAGUUGAAAGACUAAAAUUAUAAAAUACAAAAUUACACUAGUAAAUGAAUAAUAUACGAGAAGUAAUGUUUCAAUAGGCAUAUUGUAGGUCUUUUAAUAAUUAAAUACUACUUAUUAGGUUGUAAUAGUAAUAGUAAUAGUCUACACUAUUACUCUUGUACAUCCAUAAUAUUAUAGAUUUUCAUAAACUUUUACACUAAUUCCCGACUAGGAUGUCAGUAACAUUAUUAUUCACAUAAGUUAAUUUUAGAUUCUAAGCUAACCAAAUAAUAUUUUAGUUCUACUGUUUUUUCUAUUAACUUUUGCUCUCCAAUCAACAACUGCAGUUUGUUUCUGUCAAAAAUAUUGUGCUUAAUAUUGGCUUAGGCUUCAUAUAAUAUCUGCUUUAAAUUAUCUAUGAAUACAACUUCCAACCAUAAUAGUGUAUAAUCUGCGCUUUAAUGUUAUGUUUUAAGUAAUUUUAUUUCAUUUUUUAGUCGCACACAAGGGCUUUCCAAAACAUCAACCAUUGACCUCUUAUAUUAAUAAUGAAUUGAACUGUUCUCUUGAUACAGAACUAGAUUAUAGAUCUCUUAACACAUUAGCAAGUUAUGUUAAAGGAUUAAAAAUUGAUUUUAUGGUUCCAAAUCAGCCUAAUACUAAACGAUCAUAUAAGGUCGUUGGUCUUCUUGAAAGUGCGUCAAAAUUUGUGUAAGUAUUUUAUACUGGUAUUAGUUUAAUGAAUAACUUUUUUUUUUUGAAACUAAGAAAAUCAAAAUAUCUAGUUUUCCUAUUUCGCUAGAAUAAUUAAUCUUAAUUCUAUAAGCUUAUCCAAAAUAAUUCAACACGGCUGGCUUUUAUAAAUACCACAUUAGUUUGUCAUAUGGUAUUCUCGCAGGAUUAGAUAUCAAAAAUUAAAGAAAACUAUUAUGUAUAAGUAAAUAUUUACUUGAAAAUAAAAACCUUUUUGAUUGGUUAUUGAUCUUGAAUAGUCUUGGACUAAAUAAGAGGAUAAAGAAUUUAUUUUACUAAUUAUUCCGCGUUAUAUAUUUUAUACAUUACCAAGCUUGUUGAUCUAACAAGUAUAUUGGUAUCAAUUAAAUCAUCAAGAUAACAAUUAACACUUUAAACUUCUGAAGCUUAUGUUGUAUUAAUUCAAAUGAUUUUGAAAAUAAAACAAAUAAUAUGUCAAAUAAGAUUUUAAUGAAAAUUCUUUUGUUUAGAUUUGAAAUGGAUGAUGGGAAUAAAGAUGCUCCUAAGUCAAAACCAAAAAUGCUUUCUGUUUUUCAAUAUUUCAAAAUUACUAGAAAUUAUACUAUUAAGUAUCCAAAUUUACCUUGUUUACAUGUUGGUAAUGUUAACAAAAAGACAGCAAUUCCAAUUGAAGUAAAUAUUAACCCUAUUAUUUAUAACAUGUCAUGAUUACAUCUAUUUUUAUAAAUUUGUGUUACAAUAUCUGUGCUUAGUGUGUUUUAAUUGUUUAGUGAUUAUAUUUAUUGUUGGUUUAUUACUGGUCAAUUUUGCUAACAAAAGUUUAAUAGAUUGUGUAACUGUUUAUGUCCCUUUUUGAACUGUUAAAAAGUGUAAUAUUUAGAUAAUUUUUUUUAGUCUAGUUUAUGAUGUCACAUCAUUAUUAAAUUUAGGAAUAACUUUUUAUUAAGAAAUUCUUACAAAAAAAUACUAUAUUAUAAUUAACUUUUACAUAAAUUAAAUUAUUAUCAUUAAUAGAAUAUACUAAAAAGAAAAAAACCAGGAAAAAUGUAAAAUUGAUUAUUUUUCAAAAAUUUCAAUUUUGAUAGUAUUAUGAAAUAUUUUAUUAACCAUUAUAAAAAAAUUUUAUAGUUUGACAAUUCAGUAACCAGAAUAUAUAUCUGUAAUUUUUUAAUCAUUAAACUGUUCCAACCCCAAAAGUUAAUAAUUGAAUAUUGCUUGCUAUAAUAAAGAAUAUAUAUUUUUUAAUUGGAAUAUUCUUUUGUGUCCAUUUUAGUUGUGUACUGUCCAAAAGGGACAAUUAAGGAUGAAAAAAUUAACCGAAAAUCAAACUGCACAAAUGGUGAAAAACGCAGCUCGACCACCCACUGAACGGCGACAAACUAUUGAAAAUUGUAUAAAAGACAUUAAAUACAAUCAAGACCCAGUAUUGAGAGAAUUUGGUAUUGAUGUCCAUGAACAUUUUGCCACUAUUCCAGGAAGAGUUCUGGAUCAACCUUCUUUAGCAUAUUACCAAAAUAAGGUAUGCUUUAAUUGUUUUUUUUUACAUUUCUUCUUUACUUCACAUUAUAGUGUAGCAAAGAGAUAAAAACAAAUUUUUAUUAUAAUCAUUUUACUUAAAGAAUUCUGUUUUUAGAUAUAAAAUUAUUAUUUAACCAUCAUUAUUAUAUUUAAUAUGACUUUACAAAAGUAACAAAUUAUUAUAUAAAAUCAUAUAUUGUUAGACAUCUUUAUGGUAUUGAUAUCCAUUUUAGUAUAAAUUUGUUAAAAUUUAUUAAUGCUUAUAUAAUUUUGAUCAAAAAAUUUAAAAAAAGCUCUCGUUUUAUAACUAUUAUUUUUUAUUACAGGAAACUAAGCCCAAGGCCGGUGUUUGGAGAGCUGAUAAAUUUUCUAAGGCUGUUAAACUUACCAGAUGGAUUGUACUUAACUUGGAUGUCCGGACGAACAUCUCAAGUAUAAAGUAAGUCAAAUAAUUGUUCCAUUUUAAAUAAUUUGAUAUAACUUUUGAGACCUCAUUUGAAACAAGAAUAGUCAUGUAUUGUAAUUUAUACAUUAGUCAUAAUCAGAUACAUAUACAUCAAAUAUUAAUAUAUUUUAAACUUAUUGUCAUAGAAAUCAAAUAAUUUAAUUAUGUACAACAAAUGUAUGAGUAGCAUACAAAUAAUAAAAACUAUUAUUAUUCUAAACAAAAUUUAAUAUUUAUUAAAGAUUAGUGAUAUAAAACAAUACUUAGGUUUUGUUAAAAUCGCACAAAUAAAAUGAUUAUAAAUUAAUAAAUUGCACGGAAUGGUGCGUAUUUUAUUUUUGACACUAUAUUAUAUUAACUUAGUAGUUCAAAACUUGUCUUUAAUGUUAGCCUUUUUCGAAGAAUACCUAUGAUUGCCAAUAAGAUAAAAAUAGAAAAUAAAUAAGUGCUAAACUGUUUGCUUAAAUGUUUAUAAAAUAUUUCUAUAAUUUUAUUAUAUUCUAGAAAUUUUGAGAGGAUGAUAAUACAAAGCGGCCGAGAUUUAAAUGUUAUGGUAAAUCCAAUGGAUCCUGUCUUCUCUAUGACUUUACAAAAACAUAUACGUAUUGAUUCCAUUGAAAAAGAUGUUCAGAACUUCUUGAAUAGAGCAAAAAAAUUUGUGCCCCCAAUGGAACUAGUAGUGGUGAUUAUUCCAGAUUAUCCACAAGGAAUAUAUGGUAAAUAAUAAUAAUGCAAAUAUUUACUAUACAUUUUAGAUUCUAAGUGACGCAAGGAAUAUAUUAGUUUUACAGUGAUAGCACCUUAACUAAAAAAGAAAUCUUGACUGAGGAGAUACUUCAGACCUCCACUAGUCGUUUUUUGAUCUUUCCAGGUUUCCCAAUAAAUGUGGAAAAUAGGAACAAAUAUUAUUAAAGAAAAUAUUUUAUUCUUAUUUAAUUACUUUACCAUAAAAUGACAUAUAUACAUUGUUGAUAAAGCAACAUGAUCAACCAAUCUGUUCAGAAUUGUUAAUUUCGUUGGCAUUAGCUUAUCGUUGCAUACAGAUAUUUGUUAAAAUUCUGUCAACAGUGACUGCACCCCAUUAUCAUAGGACAGCAGUUUAAAUCAUCAUUUAAGAUUUAUAUUUCCUUAAAGCAUUUUUUGUUUGAUUAAAUUAUUAAUGUAUUUUUAUAAUCAUUAAAGCAUUUUAAUUUUAAUUUUGAAUAAUUAUUUUAUAACCCAAUUUAUUAUAUUUGUAUUUGUUUAGCUGCUAUUAAACAAGCUUCAGAAUUGCAAGUCGGUAUGCUCACCCAAUGCAUUAAAUCUAAGACUAUGUUUAAAAUGAAUCCUGCUACAGCUAGUAAUAUCUUAUUGAAAAUAAAUUCAAAAUUAAACGGAAUCAAUCAUACUUUGUCUGCGAGUAGCUGGUAAUAUUUUUAUUUAUUUUUUUAAUUUUAUUUUAAAUCUAAAAAUUACUUUUGAUUAUACAACACUGUACAAAUAACAAUAUUUCAUAAGUUGUGUAUUGUUUGAAAAAAAAAUUCUUAUUUAUGAGAAAUAAUUUUUAAAAUAACCAAACAUCAAAAUGAAGUUAUUAUUAACUUGUUAUUUUUAAUUCAGAGAAAAAGUGUACAAUCAAUAGCUAUAAUAAUAAUAAUCAAUCAGCAAAUACGAUUACAGUGCAUUAUAAUAUGUACUUUUCUAUAAACUUAAAAAAUUAUGAAAAAAUAGUUAAAACUGUCAACAUUUUUAAAGGAAUAAUUAUUUGAAAUAUAUAUUCAAGUUUUUCAAAACUAAUAAAAUGAAAUUAUUUAUUCAAGUUUUUUUUACCAAAACCUAAAAAAUAUUUAUUUGCAGUCUUAAUCCCUGCGAUUAAUUUAAAAAAAAAAAAUAAUAAGUAGAAUUUGAUUAUCAGAAUAUAUUGCAAUGAGUAUAUUUUCAUGGGAUCCUGUAUAUGUUACAGUUAAUUUUGAAAAUUGUACAGAGUUAAAUUUUAGUUAUGUAGAACCAAUUUUGUGUUUUUAUAAUUUUAGUUCUACCUUUAAAUUUGAUUAUAAACUAAUUUUCUGUAAUAUUAAAACUAACAGCACUAAAUCGAAUCUACUGAAUAUAAAAUUAAUAUAAGCUAUAAUUUAUUUAUAUAUAUAUAUAUAUAUAUACACACAUUUUUAACUAUUAUAAUUGUGUUUAGCCCUAACAGUAUGAAAGGUGCGAUUAUUUUUGGAGCAGACGUCACUCAUCCAUCUCCAGAUCAAACUACUGUUCCUUCGGUUGCUGCUGUGAGUAUAUUUCAACAAUUAGAAUUAUUAAAUUAUUUUAUUUAUUGAAUAAACAUUUGGUGUCUUAGUAAAAUCAGCCCUAUUAUUGUAGUUGGCAAUAAUCUUUAUUUUUAAUCGGUAUUAUUUUCUCGUCAACGAUUUUUAUAUGGGUUUUGGAUACGGGAAAUAGUGAGAAAUAAUAAUUUUCUUCUCCGUGUGAUUAAACUAUCAUUUAAAAUCUAAUAACUGUUGUGUUUUUUUCAGAAUUUGAAAUAAUCAAAUAUUUCUCUAUUGCAUUUCAGGUUGCGGCAAGUCAUGAUUUAACUGGAAGCCAAUACAACAUGGAAUGGCGUUUGCAAUCACCUAAAGUGGAAAUCAUUCAAGAUUUGGAAGACAUUGUUCACAAACAAUUACUUAAAUAUAAAGAGAAAACAAAUACCGUGCCAAAAAAAAUAUUCUACUUCAGAGAUGGUGUUAGCGAGGGACAGUUUCUACAGUUGUUGGACUAUGAAUUGGUUGCUAUCCGGCGUGCUUGUUUACGGUUAAAUAUAAAAUAUCAACCAUCCAUAACAUUUUUGGUUGUACAAAAACGACAUCACACCAGAAUAUUCCCCAGACAUCCAAAAGACAUGGACGGCAAAUUUCAAAACGUUCCAUCUGGUACAAUUAUCGACACUCAAAUAACCCACCCGACAGAAGUUGAUUUCUACCUAUGUAGUCACGCUAGUAUUCAGGUUAGUCAUUAAUUUUAAUUAUUAAUCAUAAUUUGAAAUUUUAAACUAAUCCUUUAAUAUAUUCUUAAAGGGAACAUCCAGACCGACAAAAUACCAUCUUAUUUGGGAUGACAGCAAUUUCACAGAAGAUGAAUUGGAACAACUUACUUUCCACUUAUGUUUUAUGUUUGCCCGUUGCACUCGCUCAGUUUCAUAUCCGGCACCAACGUACUAUGCUCAUUUGGCUGCUUUUAGAGCACGAGCCUAUAUCGAAAAGUAAGCUAUUAUAUUGAAUUAUUAUUUUAUUACAUAAAUUUAAUUGGAUUUUUUUUUUUCAUAUAGCAAGACAAUAAAUCUCAAUCGUUUGGAUGACGAGCAAGUUAAAAAUCAAUUGAAUGACUUAUUCACUAUCGAAACUCCUAUGUUUUUUGUUUAACUAUCAUUUAUACUUAAUAUUUAUGUGUAAUUACACUUAUGCUUUUAUAUAUUAAGAAUUUAGUUUUUUUUUAAACAUGAAUAUUUGUAGCUUUUAGAUUAUGAUUAAGUGUAAUAACAAUUAAAUCUAUAAUUUUAUCAACAUACUUUAUAUUGUAUGAUAUAUACAUAUAUUGUUUUCUUUUAUUUGUAUGUUUGUCAAAUGAUUACUUAAUAUUCAUUAAUUGCUAUCUCCGUUUUUUAUUAUAUUGAUAAAUAUUGUAGUAUUAAUUCAAUACAUUUAUUAAUUACACUAUUCACUUUUGCUUUCGUUUAUUAAAAACUUAA